CCUCGUCACACGGCACGUGUCAGUGUGUGACUCAAACAAAGGCGCUGUCACGCUUUUAUCUUCUCCUCCACUUUCCAAUAAUCUCUCCUCUCUUUUUUUUCCAAAAUGGCGGAGAAAGAAUCGAUGGGGUCGACACGACUCGGCGCCUGACUGAGUGCGUGCGCUCAUGUGUUCCGUUAUUUUCCGGGUUCCUGUGCUCGCCGCGCUGCCGCAGCAGCAGCAGCCAGUUGACUUGUCGUCGCGCGGAGGAGAGGUCGGACUCGGCUCCCUCUCUCUGGCCGCCUGCCUGACCGCCUGCCUGUCUGGGAGAGGAGGCAACUAGCGCAACAUCAUCCUCCUCAUCAUGGCGGACCAGGGCGACUCUCCGGCGGCUGUUCAACAGCCGCCACCGGCGCUGACAACCAGCUGGCCAAUUACCAGAGAGGCGUACGAGCUGCAGGAAGUCAUCGGCAGCGGGGCCACAGCGGUGGUGCAGGCAGCCCUCUGCACCCCCAGACAGGAGCGUGUCGCCAUCAAAAGAAUCAACCUGGAGAAAUGCCAGACCAGCAUGGACGAGUUGUUGAAAGAAAUCCAAGCGAUGAGCCAGUGCAACCACCCGAAUGUUGUCACCUACUACACCUCCUUUGUGGUGAAAGACGAGCUGUGGUUAGUCAUGAAGCUUCUGAGCGGAGGUUCCAUGCUGGAUAUAAUCAAGCACACGAGCAAAGACGAGGACAAAAGAGCACUGGAUGAGCCAAUUAUUGCUACAAUAUUAAAGGAAGUCCUUGAGGGUCUCGACUACCUCCACAGAAACGGGCAAAUUCACAGGGAUGUGAAGGCUGGAAACAUCCUGCUGGGAGAGGACGGCUCUGUUCAGAUUGCAGAUUUUGGAGUGAGUGCAUUCCUCGCCACAGGGGGCGAUAUGACAAGACACAAGGUACGAAAAACCUUUGUCGGCACACCCUGCUGGAUGGCACCUGAGGUGAUGGAGCAGGUACGGGGCUAUGAUUUUAAAGCGGACAUUUGGAGUUUUGGAAUCACAGCAAUAGAAUUAGCAACUGGCUCAGCACCUUACCAUCGCUACCCACCCAUGAAGGUCUUAAUGUUGACUCUGCAGAAUGACCCGCCCAACCUGGAGACAGGGGUGGAGGACAAAGAGUUGCUAAAGAAAUACGGCAAAUCGUUUAGAAAGUUAAUAACUAUGUGCCUUCAGAAGGACCCCGCCAAGAGGCCAGCAGCUGCAGAGCUUUUGAAGUGUAAAUUUUUCCAAAAAGCAAAGAACAAAGAGUAUCUGGUCGAAAAGCUUUUGUGUUGCGCACCAAAAAUCUCCCAGAGAGCGAAAAAGGUACGUCGAGUCCCGGGCUCCAGCGGGCAUUUACACAAGACGGAAGAUGGAGACUGGGAGUGGAGCGACGACGAGCUGGACGAAGGCAGCGAGGAGGGGAAGGCAGCGGUCAAUCAGGGCAGGUCAAGAAGGGUCAAAGUGGAACCAGACGAUAACGAUGCCAAUGCCAACGACGUCCCAAUUGAAGGGUUGUCUCUUCAGCAUCCCCAGGUUGAACCAUUCGGGGAAACCACUUACAUCCAAGGCGUUGUGAACAUGGUGCUUCGGCUCAGGAAUUCUAAAAAGGAGCUCAACGACAUCCGGUUCGAGUUCACCCCGGGGCGAGACACGGCCGACGGUGUUUCGCAGGAGCUGUUCUCCGCAGGCCUGGUGAAUGGACACGACGUUGUCGUGGUUGCCGCUAACCUUCAGAAGAUAGUUGACGACCCGAUGACCUACAGAGUAUUGACCUUCAAGUUGGCCUCUGGCUGCGACGACUCGGAAGUCCCUGAUGAGGUGAAGCUGAUCGGCUUCGCCCAGCUGAGCAUUAGCUGAUGUUCCCUGCUGCGGCAGGUGAGAGGGGAGCCACGCUUCAAGAAGGACUGGGAAACAAACCGCAGCAGUAACUGAAGUAUAUCUCACCGGGAGCCGGAGCCCUGGCAUGUCCCCGCUUUGUAACUCCUGUCCCUCGACGCCCAACGACAUUCCACCGCCCAGCACACACACACACACACACACACACACACACACACACACACGGGGAUCAGGAGUCUGAAGACGAACUCAGGAGGUCCAAGAAGACGUAGCUCUGAAUGUCUUAUUUAUUUCUUCCUUUUUUUUUUUUACUUCAUCUUGUACAACAAAUAAUAAUUUAUUUAAACUUCUGUCUUUACUUUCGAGUUUCCAUGAGUCAGCGGAAUUGAGACCCUGAAUGAACCAAUGAGAUAAGCACAUUUCCAAGAUGAAUGUCUGGACAGCUGAUACAAUGUAUUGCCCUGUCCUUGUCUGUAACACGGACCGGAGCAGAGACCUGGACACUACUGUGCUUCAUGUCCCAGACGGUGGUGACGCUUCAGUCUUCUAGAGGUGCCUUCUUCAUUUCUCUGUGCCUAUCGCACCCAGUCGCGGUGGUAGGCCACGUGGAGAGCAGGACUGUCGGCUUACCAGGCCUGGUCAUAAUCCCAGCGCACUGCACCGAACCUGCUCUCAAUAUACAGUAUUUAAUCAAACCUACUGUAUUGCAGUGGAAGCUAGAGUCCAACGAGCCACUUCUUUGGAGGUUCGGAAUCAAUUUCAGGAGCUGGUCACGGAAAGUCAUUCUAGAUGAAGUAACUUGUUGUUAUCGGUGUACAUACAGUUUGUGUACCAUUUAAUCGCAUAACCAAAUUCCCACUGUGUAAUCAGCUGGCGUUAAAUUUGUGGAAAAAGGAGCAACAAAUAAAUUCAUUAACAAGGUAUACGUUGUGUUUGAGUCUCUUAAGAUACUGCAAAAGAUGUUUUUAAAUGUAUUUAUGACUUCAUUUGAAUGUAUUCAAUGCUCAAAAAUGAAGGGCAUAUUUUAUAUGAUAGAUACUUUUUAUUUGUGAAUUAAUUUUUACUUUUUGAUAAACUGUUUUUCUUAGGAGACAUUUUCUCAGAUCGUGCCACCUCCUCACUUCAAGUAACUUCAGUAAAAGCUACUUUUCCAAUGAGAAGGAAACAAAAAGAAGGGCAACGAUUGACAAGAAAAUUGACCAUCCCUGCUUCACAAAACAAAAUAUUUUUUUCAAAUGUGCGGGAUGCCCCAAAAUAUGAUUGUGCUAAAAUAUGUUUUCGCCUCUCCACUGACCCCUUCAGGACCUGUACAGGUGCUUGUAGUAAUUGACCAAGAAAUAAAAUACAGCAACAAUUGAAGAGUUUUAUUGUUCAAGUAUUGUUUUUUUUUUCAUAGAAAAAGAAAACAUCUUGUGAUGGAUAAACAGCAACCCACAAGUCCAAGAGAAAAUUCUGACUCAGCAUUUUAAAGAGGUCACUGUCGACACUCGGGCCCCAUCUGUGACCACAAGACGCUGCUGGUUGUCCUUCGCUGACAGAAGAGGCACACAUUUCUAUGAAACAAAGUUGGCUUCAAAACAACAAGGCGAUAAAGUGAUGAUGCAAACGGCAAAACAGCAGAAGGAAAAUUACAUUUCUGAUUUCACCAUUCCAUUUUUGGAUUCUCUCCCUGUUAGUUCUGCUGAGUCAGCAGCUCAGUAACCAGAACAGCUGCUGUUAAAGGGACGUAACAAACAAAUAAACAAAGGUCACCAGAGAGUCCAUCACUCGUGUGUUUUCUCUGCCACAAACUCUGCUGUAAACGCCUUGACAUUGCAGGAUAGAAAAGCGCAUCUGUGGAGUCUCUUUUGUCUCAUCUGGUUUAGCUACAUUUAAGACGUAGACAAGACUCUUACAUACUUAUGAGACAUACAAACUAACAAAGCCCAUUCAGCGGAAAAAAAGUCACCUAUUUUCAGAGUCCAAACCAUUUUAUUCAGCAAGUCUACUGCGAGUGCCCUACAGAUGACUGAGCUUCCGUUGGGUCG